ACUCCUCAUUAGUGACCCUGGAUACGACUACCGAAUGAAACUUCAGACCAAAUUAAGCCUAUGUAGUAAUGAGGUAUCUAAAAUCGUACAUUUGACAGUACAAAUACACCAUGAUAGCUAAUGUUGCACUGCUAUAAUUCUUGUCACGUAUCUAUGGUGUAUGACUCUCAACUGUAACUUGUAUUGCAUUAUUUGUUUCUAGAUCUUGCACGUGACUCAUGAUUUUUAAUAAAACGGUAGCCAUAGUGAUUGCGUGAAUUGCAUGACAAUUAGCUAUGUGAUCGGAGCAGACGUAUAAAAUACGUUGAAUGUAUCAAAGAGUGAGAGACUUAACAACUAGGUAGGCUCGUGACUACGUUAAACUCGACAGUUCUUUUCAUUCAGCAUGGCAUUUUGUACACUGGAGGAUAAAGAAAAAUAUCGUGAUCACUUUGUCGCUGAUUUUGUUAAGCAGUGUUUGAAAGUACUUGCAUACAACAGAAAGGUAAAAUGGUAUGGAACUUAUGAGGUUGUCAGUGAGGAUAUUGAAGUUUUGUUUGAUAAUCUGGACAACUUUAAAGGAAUAUACGUAUGCUCUAACUGUGGGUACGAGCUUUUCUCCAGUAGAAAGAAGUUUGCUCACAGCUCUGCAUGGCCAGCAUUUUCCGAAACUAUCCACAAAGACAGUGUUUCUAAGAAAAUUGACUGGGCUCCUGAUAAACUCAUCAGAAGAGCAUUAAAAAUUUCGUGUGGCAAGUGCGGAAAUGGUCUUGGACAUGAGUUCCUUAAAGGUGGACCAGGUGGCGUUUCUAGGUUUUGAAUAUAUUCAGAGUCUCUCCAAUUUGUGCCAAAAAGCACUGAUGGAACUGAGGGACUCGCAGAGAAGUCCGAUAAGGAAGAUAAAACACAAAGUCCAUCAUAGUCUUCAAGAUAUGUCUAAUUUUUCGUUCAUAUAAGCCCUUAUAUCCUUCAUAUAUUGUGCUUUUCUAAAUAUAUUAGACUUGAACUUCAAGAUCUAACACUUUUAAGUAAAAAAGUAAAAAAAAAGUAUAUUUUGAUAAUUUAUAUGGCUUGUAACUUAUUCGUAAAAACGCAUGAUAGCAAAAUACAGACUUCAAUAACUACAACUUUAUUCAACUUAUAAAAACAGUAGAAAAAUUUAUCUAAUUAUUGAUUUUUUUCUAACAAUUUCUGACGUUGGUUGAUGUACUUGAUAAUGUAAUAUUCACAGUCUAGUUUUAUUAUUGUAAGGCUUAAUAAGGAUAAAGAUUUUUGUAAACAUAACUUUAUUCAUGAUUAAAUUAUCACCAGAAAAGUAGUUUAUUCAAAUAACUUCGAAAAAUACUCAAGAUAUAUCACUAAGCUAUGUUUUAGACCAUGCUCCGGAUACACCAGUUACUAGCACCAAACCAGGUUAGAGACCGUGUUCUAGAUAUACCAAGUGAAAGCACUAGGCCAGGUUACAAACCAUGCUCCAGAUAUGCCAGUUAACAGCACAAAUUCAGGUUUCAAACCACAACUCAAAGUUAUGAAUUUUAAUACAGUUGUACGUAACAAGUGAGCCUUAUUUCAAUUACUGAACCUUUAAAUCAGUUUUAGUAAUUUCUAAACAUCUUCGUUUGAUUAUACGAAACUAGUACGUCGUACAGCACGAUUUGGAAAGCUGCGGAAAGGUGGUAUAAUCACAAUAGUUGUACAUAAACUGAAAGCUUCUGUACUAAUUAAUCCACCAAAUUAUAUAAAAUAGUUAUUUAACACAGGUAAAUAAGAUACCACCUCAGUGUCAAAAACAUAUUAGAUGAAAGAUUAAAUUCAAGAAAAUGUGUGACAAACCCGUCAAAAACAAAAUAACAUUUUGUACUUUAAAAUUUGUGUCAGUGAUAAUUAAUUUGAAUAACACUUGAAAUUCUGGUAUUAACAAAUAUCUGCUUGCAAUGUAUUUAUCAUGGAGUUUAUCAAUACAAAUUAUAUAAAAAUAUGAGACUCAAGAAUUGUUACCCAUGUAACCCCUGCAAAGCGCUACUAGAGAUAUAAUAUUUCUUAUACAUUUGAAAUCUACCACGGGAGCACCAUAAAAAAUAUAGUAGUUAUAAUUAUUAUUUUACUGUUUCUAUUAUUUAAUCGAAUAUUAAAUUGUAAACAUUUAGUGUGAAUUCUUUUCGUAUUCCAAGCAUUAAGUACAUAUCUUAUUUGCAAGAGCUUACAUGAUGUCAUUCAGAGAAAACUACAGAGUUCUGAGUGAUGGAAGUUAGAGCUAUUUAUAUAUAAGAUGGGGUACAUUGCUUUAAAAAUUCGAAAUCAUGAAAAAUAACCAUAUUUUGAUUUACUUUGUUUUUGUAUAU